AUAUUGCGUCAUUACGUACGAGGUCGAAAUACGUGAUGACGUACACCGUGAACAUAUGACCCGAAUACAAUCUGCAGCUUCAGUUGUUGAGCGGCAGUGAAAGAAGGAGGGUUUAUCGGAUAUAUAGCUUCUUUUUAAUCGUUUGGACUUGAAACAACAUGGCAAACGGGCACAUGGAAAUCCACGACAUAUUUGAAAACCACACAGGCCUGAACAGUACCAUAAACUGUGAUGCGAAAGCUACCUCAGACUCAGACGACAUGGAGGACACAAUGGAGUUCAGGAUCCUCAGGGCUUACGCCAAGAGGAGGCGGCCAAAAACCCCAUCAUCCACACAGCAAACACCGACUUUAGUAACAAGUGGCACAGACCUAAAAAAACACUCUCCUCAAACUGAAAUGAAGGACAAGAAGAAAAGAAAAAAGAGGAACAGACUGCACAUUUUCCCAAAAUUGUUUAGCUGUAUCAGCCAUAGGAAAAGCCAAGGUAGACUUGAGUCACCCGAUAUGAGCCCUGACCUAUCAGUUUGUCGUUCUUUUGAACCCUCUCCAACAAUAUUUGACAAUGAGCCUAUGGAAGUGGAAGAGGAGGUAGCAAGCAAACUGAAAGAUAUCGCUGAUGAGAUCCCGUUCACUCUUCCUGAAAUAGAAACAGACUCGCCAGAAGAUAACAAUGUGGAGAAAAUGAUCGGCCUGCUGCUCAGGGAGUCUGGAGACCGACUGAACGAGAGAGAGCUGAAAGAUUCUGGAAUAACCCCAGAACUUUUUUUGGACUACAACUUCUAUAAGACGCUAAUCACGGCACUUCUCCUGAGGAUGGGCCUCAGGAGCCCCAACCCCGACUCCCCAGGGCCAAAAGCAUCUCCCAAAACUCAGAUCGCUGUCACUUGUGAGGUCACCACUCGUUUGUCAGCGCUCGAUACACUGCCCGGGAACCGACUGAUGGGCCACGGAGCGAGAUAUAUGCAACAAUUUUAUGCCAACUGGGCGCAGCAGCAGGGCGGCUAUGAGACCGCUUUUUACAGUGAAGAUGAGGACGACAUCCAGUGAACAGAAAAAUCCUCUCAAAGGUUUUUAAAACAUGCAAAAGGACUACAUCAGAUUUGUUGUAUUAUGGACAUAAAACCUGCAUUAACUUAUCUGCAGCUGCAUGCAUUAGAAGGAAAUUUAAUCGUGUUAUUCUAAGAUUAUUUACAUACAUUUUUGUAUUGUCAGGUUUUUCCUUUCUUACCAUUCAGUCUUACAAGGAAAUAUAGCCAAAGACAAAACUGAUUUCCUGCCAUUGAUAACUACCGCUGUAAGGGAUUUAAGUGUUAUUUUGUAAAGAUUGUUAUUUUUCUUGUUAUUCAGGGAGAUGAGGGGUAACUCUAGCUAUUUUAAAUUAGAACUAUUUAAGCUGCAUUUACCUAAGACGAUGACGUUUUGUAGCAUUUGCACUUUUUUCUAAAAAUGAAUGUUUUAGUUUCUGAGGGAUGCACCAUGUGUGUUAUCUGUAAUUGCUCCUGGUGAUGUUUACAGCUUUUCAGGUUUUAACAGGUGCCUAAGAAACUUUGUGUACUGUCAGAAUUACGCUUGAAUGCUUAUAAGACUCAAAAUAAAUUGUUCAUUGUAAUUCAA